GUGAAUUGGAGCAGCGAUUGGCUUGCGGAGGUUGUUGGUGAGACAGCUGGAAUGGCUUGGGCUCCCGAAGCUAUCUGGGAUGCAGAUGCAGAGAAAUAUCUCGUUUAUUGGUCAUCAAGAUUCUAUGAUGCGGACGACACUGCUGUACGUCCUGGUAUCUCCCCUCCGUUACCUGUCCUAAUGUAUAUACAUAGCACACUGGAACAGCUACAGAGGACCGUAUCGUAUCCGCCUACACUUCCGACUUCCGAACGUUCACUGAAGCGAUGGAUUACAUCGUCAUACCUGGCACUCCCCAUCAUCGACCUCACAAUCCUCCCUCUCUCUGAUGGUGAAUACAUCCGGUUUAUCAAGAACGAGACGGUUCUUCAUGUAUGGGCCGAGCGUUCCAAUGGCGGUCUCUUUGGAACCUGGACGAAGAUCGGAGAUGGAUAUGUUAACCCGUAUGUGACUGAGGGGCCGCUCGCGUUCCAUGACAAUGAGGGAUAUGUACCGCAGUAUACCGAUGAUGGGGGUGUUACUUGGGUGAACGGGGACAGGAGUAACUUCCCUGCUUUGACGAAGCAUGGUGUGGUUGUGCCGGUGAACCAGACGCAGUAUGAUGCUAUUGAGGCGAAAUGGGUGUAGAGUCUUGUAUGUGAGAGUUAAUCGGAUAACCCAGAAUGCCUUUUGAACCGUGGGCCAGGAACUUGUUCAAGGAACAGGCUAGUAUUUCGACCUUGGUAAUGUAAUACCCGUUAGCUGCCAUUGUGAUGGCUUGCACCUAUAGUACCUUGCAAUUAUUGCUUGCA